CACAUUGUUAGUUAGCUUACGUGGAUGUGUAGAUGCGGUACAAACUAUAUAUAAACCGUAAAAAUUUCAGAAAUCUACAAGGUUAAAUUUCCAUUUAUGUAUAAGUAUCAUAACAGUAGUCAAAACUACAAAAUACACGAGUCACAUUAUUUUUAACCAACGUUUCGGCUACAUUAGCCUUCUUCAGGGUUCAUAAUACCUACGACUGGAUCUGUAGUUGAGAGUACUUCCGCUAUGAGUGGUCGCCAUAGCAAUUGUUUCUACGUAACCUUAGUGCUUACUUUUCCUGUUUUUGCAAGUGGAUUUAUGCUGAACAAUGACGCCACUGUACAAUCAGGAAAUCAAACGCAAAUCGGGACAAAAGCUACAGGAAUAACAUUAUUACCUACAACUGAAUCUGUAGCUGAAAGUACUACCGCUAUGAGAGUCUGUCAAGAUACGGUCGACAGUUGCAGUAUGUAUGGACGGACAGCUUGUACACAAAAGGUCUACGAACCCUGGGCUAAGGCACACUGUGCUAUGUACUGCGGAUUUUGUACCCCACCAGUGCCUGUCACUAGUUUAUGUGAGAACAAAAUUGCUAACUGUGAGGAAUACGACUCUGGAAAUUUAUGCACGGAUGCCUCGUAUUAUUCGUGGGCAUACGAGAAUUGCAGAGGAUACUGCAAGUUUGGCAUCUGCAAUGACACAGACACGAACACUGCGUGUGAAGAUAGAAAUGGCACAGAUUGUAAGCAGCUUAAUGCGACGGUUAAUAUAUGUGAUGAUAUUCCACAAGCUAAAACUACAUGCAAAAAAUAUUGCGAUCUAUGUAACGCCACUGACGGGGCUUGGUGUCAUUGGGGUACAUGGUCGGCCUGCGAUGUCACUUGUGGAAAUGGCACUAAAUCAAGAUCAAGACAAUGUGCUUGUAAUGCUCCAGCUAAUGGAGGGUCCAAGUGUCCUGGUGAUGCCAAAAUGACCAUGGAGUGUCCUGUCAUAUCAUGUCCUGCACAUUCUGCUACAGUUGAUGGAAGCUGGUCGAGUUGGUCUUCAUGGGAAGGCUGCAGCGUUACUUGUGGAAUAGGUCUACAAAGGAGAGACAGGACAUGUUCUAACCCUUACCCUGGACUGGGUGGAAAUCCAUGCCUUGGUGAUACUAGCGAAGACCGCAUUUGCUUUAAUAAAGCAUGCGCCGACGGCGGGUGGUCUUCUUGGUCAGACUGGAGCACGUGUUCUGCCACAUGCCUUGGAGGAUUAUCAAAAAGGACCAGACUUUGUAACAAUCCAGCGCCAUCAACAUUCGGUCAUGAUUGUAUAGGAAACAACGAGGUUAGCAAGAUCUGCAACACUGUUCCCUGCCGAGAACUUGUAAAUGUUGGAAAUGGCCAAUGGACCACAUGGUCAAAUGUUGGAAAUGGCCAAUGGACCAUAUGGUCCAGCUGGUCAGCAUGCGACUUCUAUUGUGUAAAGGAAAGGACAAGACAUUGUACAGGUCGCUACUGCAGUGAGAUUUCGGAGAUUAAAGAAAAUUGUGAUUUGCGAACUUGUUCACUAGACCUACGGGUACGUCUGGCCGGAGAAAAUACUGUUAACAGAGGACGUGUGGAAGUGUCUUACGAUGGCGUUAACUGGGGGACUGUGUGUGGUGGAUCUUUCAACCGGAAUAACAAUGGCGCAAAAGUAGUGUGCAAUAUGUUAGGAUACUCAACAUCACGCGCUUUCUCUUAUAUUGUAAAUGGAGGCAGUGGACCAAUCCACCUUGAAAACGUCGCAUGUACUGGCUCAGAAGGCAGUUUGCUAUUUUGUAAACAUCAUCGCUGGAAUACUCGAAACUGUGACCAUUCAAAGGAUGUAGGAGUCAUCUGUGUAUGAAAGAAAAGCCGAAAAGUCAAACUUUGAUUUUCGUAUACAUCGUACAUUUUACAUUGUACAUUACUGAAAUAAAAGAUCCAU